AUCAAUCUAAUGCAAUACUAAACUUAAAAAGUGUUACAUUGUGGAGUACAAAUGAAGUCCAAUUGGAAGGCGAUGUGCACAUAUUUAACAAGGCCUUUUCCUUUUUGCUUGCCUAUCCCACAAGACACACCAUACAAACCCCACUCGUGAAAUGACACCGAUAAUGUUAUUAUUGUAGUCAAACUUUGACAAAACUUCGAAAACAAACUUUCAUCUAUAACAAGUUAUAAUCCUUGAAUCAAAGUAUAAUUUGUCAUGAAGCAAAGUAUAUGUUCUUUUUCUCUCAUGUUUAUGUUAAGCAUAUGCAUUUGCAUUGUUUUGGACUUCAAAAAAACAAACUUAAUUUCACCUAACAUAAUCAAAGUUCUUGUAGCGAAAAACCGCGAAAAAUGGAAAUGGAAAUGGGACUCAAACUAACAAGAGUUGCAAAUGAAUCCUCUUCUACUGAAUUUCAAUUUGCAAAAGACAGAGCUGGCCCUCUUUUCCAGUCUAGAGAAACAGACACAAUGUUCAUCCUUACUGUCCAUUUGAAAGGUUAUAUACAAGAAAACAUUAAGGUUGAUAUUAAUGAAGAAGGGACUAUUAUCGCGAUAAGGGGUGAAAAAUCGGUUCAAGAAACUGUGAUGGUAGGGUGGAAAUUGAUCAAAAAAGAUGUAGAAGUUAGAAAAUUUAGUAAGGCUUUCAAGAUUCCAGAUGGGGUUAUCUUGGAUGAAAUUAAGGCAAGAUUUGAUGAUGAAAUAUCCAUAUUGACAAUUAAAAUGCCUAAGAAAGUAAAAGGGAUUCUUGGAAUUGAAUUUGUUGAAGUGAAGGAACAUGAAGAAUUGCCGAUUGUAGCUAACAAGAUUUCUAAAAAAGUCACAUUUAAAGAAGAUAUGGAUAAGCCAAAAGCAGAGGAAAAUCAAGAAAAACCACGUGAAGUAGUCGAAAAACAUGUUGUUAAGGAUGAAAUAAUGUCAAAUGAAGACUCAAAACAUGUUGUUAAGGAUGAAAUAAUGCCAAAUGUAGACUCAAACAUCCAGAGCAACGAUACGAUUGAUGAAACAAGAGAGGCUCGAGGAGAUUUUGUAGGUCAUGAUAAACCUGAAUCAUCGAAUUCGAGGGAUGAACAUAAAGAUGAUCAAGCUAGUGUAACAUCAAGGAAAAGGGAAGAUGACAAUGUGCCUAAGAAGAGCUCAAAAAUUUGUGUACCUAUUGUUGCAGGAUCAGCCUUAAUAUUAUCUCUUUUUGUGUUUGUAAUUCAUCUCAUAAGAACUAAGAAUCAAUCUGUGAAAAGAAAAGGUUAAAAGGCUAACAACAUAGCAUGAAUAUGUUGUUAUUUUCUAAAACCUUUUUCUUUUAUUUACUUCUUUCAUUUGAUUGUAAAAACAGAGUUUGGUGAUUACUAGGUUCAAUUUGUUGUGUUGUUAUGAGUUUGUAAUUGAGCCUAUAAAAGCAUAACGUUGUUAUGGGCACUUUGUAUCACUUUUUCUUUAAGGUGUGGUGGUGGUUUGAUUA